AUGAUUUCCUUCCUCGAUCUGCCGGGUGAGAUCCGGCUCAUUAUAUAUGCAUAUUCACUUGAUCCAAAUGAGUAUGUGAGUGGCUACAGAAAGAUAGAAGAUCUUCUCGCGGCCGAGACAGAUCGAACUCGCGGUCCGAUGUGCACAUACGCCCGACCUCAUGUGAAACGUUAUACGCCAUCGAUUCUUUUAAUAAAUCGGCAAAUCACAAUGGAGGCACUGCAUGUUCUGUAUAGGAUACCACUCAACCUUUAUGGAACACCAAACACAUACUUCACCAUGCGCCAGAUGGACAUUACGGAAUUUCUCAGUGAGCAUUUACUUCAGCAGAUUCACCACGGUGUUUUGAGGCUGGAUAGUGCUAGCAAAAACUUCGUCUUGCCGCUUCUUGAUAUCUGGUGCGAAAGUAAUUGUUUGGAAUCGCUAGAUGUGUACCGACCUAGGGGCACUCCGAUGCCCCGGCAUCAUUGGUAUGUUGUGAAGAGUAGGCUCCGAACAUUUUCAACACUUGUCCCAGUUGUGUUCCACAAGGUCGACGAUCCACUUAAAGCAGAUGCUGCUGCCAUCAAGAGCAUGCGAUAG